AUGUCGUUUUCUGCAUAUGUUAUAAUCAUUGGUUGUGCCAUUGGUAGUAUCUACUAUUAUUUCAAGAACCUUGAAUUAGCAAAUUUACGAGAUGAUCAUGCUAAAUUGGCAUCUCAUAUAGAAACUAUACAAAGGAAUUUAGAUACUAAUCGUGAUAAAUUACAACAAGUUGAAAAAUUAAACGCUGAAUUAAUUGCCAAAUCAAAAACUUCAGCGUCAAUUGAAACUCGAGCUAUUGCUGAAAAUAAAGCUAAUCAAGAAAAAUUACAAUUGCAAUUGAAAGAUUUAACUAAAAAAUAUAAUGAAUUGAUUGAAGAGAAAACUAAAUUAGAAACUGAAUAUCAAGAAAAGCAACUUCGUACUAUUUCUGAACAUAAUGAGAAGGUUAAAGAAUUACAAUUAUCAAAGGCAUCAUAUGAAGAUGAAAUCAAAAAUAAAUUGGAGAAAACAUUUGAUUUUAAAUUAAAUACUGCCAUUGAACAAGUAGUAGCAGAAAGAGAUUUACAAAUACAACAAUUAACUGAUGAAUUAAGUGAAGUUAAGGGAACAUUGAAUCAAGAGAUAACACAUCAUAAUGAAUCUAAUGCAACCAAUGAACGCAAAAUCUCGGAAUUACAACACUUGAAAGAUGAAACUGAAAAGAAAUAUAACGAACAAGCUGUUUUAUAUGAUAAAUUACAAUUAGUCAAUAAAUUACAAUCUGAAGAGAAUGAACAAAAUGUUAAAGAAAUAGCUGCUAAAGAUGAAGAAGUAGAAUCAUUACAAAAGAAAUUGAAGGAAAUGAAUUCUGAUUUCAUUCAAGUAACUAAAGAUUUGAAAGAAUCAAGGGAAAAUAUUGUUGAAAUUGAAAAUGCUGCUAAAGAUUUGAAAUUAAGUCAAGAAUUAUUACAUAAACAUUUGUCACUGGAAAAAGAUUUGAAAACUGAACUUGUGGCAAAAGUUGAAAAAUUAGAGAAAGAUAUAACUUCUAAACAACUUGUAAUAGAUGAACAAGACAAGAAAUUAUCAUUGAUUGAACAACCUUUGUUGGUUUUAGAAGAUUAUCUUGAAGUUUUGAAAGAGACAGAUGAUAGUUUCCCUCAUUCGUUAUUAGACCAUGAAGAUGGCGUUUCAAAAUCUGUUGACAACAAUUCAGAUGUUGAUGAAGAAACCUUUGAUGACAAUGUAUUUUCUGCAAAAUCAAUUGGAGUUUUAUCCUUGGCACACAAGUACAUUGAUAUAUUAAGACAAAAGACUAUUAAUAAACGUCAAUUACUUGAACAACAAAAUAAAGACAUUGAAGAUUAUAAACAACAAUUAAUGAAAGUAAAUACAAAUAAUGUUGUUUUAGGUUGUGAAAUUAUUUCUAAUUUACAAAUCUUACAACAGGAACUUGAAGCCAAAGAUAAAGACAAUAAAGUGAAUCAAAAAAUUGAUGAAAUUAAGAAUAUUGUCAAUAGUUUCACAUCGCCAGUUGAUCCAAAUGAAGUUGUGAAAGAAGAAGAUAAUACUGAGACUUCACAAGAAAAUAAAAUUAUAGUUAAUGAAACUGAAGAUUCAAGCAUUUCAAAAGAUCAAGAUACUGCCGCUGAGAGCUCAACAGAUGUUAUUUCUAAUACUGAUGAUAUUGAUAACUCUACAACUGCUGAAACACCAUUGACAGAACUGGAAAAAGAUACCGUUUCCGAAACACUUGAUACAACCACCACUAAUAAUGAUGGCGAUGUUUCUCAAUUAGACGACAGAAAACCAAUUGUGUCAUCUGGAUCAUUUGAUGAACAAAUUGAUACAAAAACUGAAGAGAGUUUACGUGAAUUGAAAAAUCUCAAUAAACUUUCUGAUACUUUUGAAAUUAAGAAUUCUGUAACCCAAUCUUCUUUGGCAAAUACUACCAGUGAUGAACCAGAAAAGGUCCAACUUGAAGAAAUUUCUAAAGAGUUAAAGAACGAAAAUGAAGAAAAGGAAUCUGAAAAAGACAGUAAACUGACACCAUCAGAUAUUGUUAUUGAUAAGAGUGAACCUGUUAAAACUCUGGAUGAUUUAUUGGAUGAGAGAAAGGAAGUCAAAGGUGAUAAGACUCAAUCUCAUAAUGAAUUCCAAAAGGAGACUAAGCAUGAUACAGCCAUUGAUUCACAUAAUGAAGUCAAAGAGAAAGUCAAGGAUAAUUCAACUGUUGUACCUAAAGUAAUUGAACCACAUACAGAAGCUGAAAAAGAAACCCAAAGUGAUACAACUCAUGAAUCCAAACUGACUGAAACAAAUAAUGAAGCCGAAAAUGAGGAAACUAAGAGUGAUGCAACUGCUGAACCACUUGAAGAAACCAAGAGGGAUACUGCUACUGAACCUAAAGUAACUGAAUCAUUUGAUGAAUCUAAGGAAGAUAAAACAGAAGCAGUAAAGAUUUCGAAUGAUGCAUCAAAAAUUGAAGCAAAACCUGUCGAAACUGAGAUUGUUGAAAGUAAAAAAGUGGAACCUUUGGUUGACGAUAUCAAAGAUAAAGGUAAAACUGAAGAGAAAUCGGGAAGUAAAGAACCUAAGGUUGACCAGAAAUUGGAAACUGUUUUGGAUCAUGAACUUGAUAAAGAGUCUAAAAUAGAUGAUUAUAAACAUCAAGAGAAAGAGUUGUUACAAAAGAAAGAGCCAUUUGAAGAUGAAAAACAAAUCAAAGAAGAAGAGGCGCCUAAAAUUGAAGCUCCAUCCAAAAUAGAUAAGACAACUGAGGUUACAACCCCAUUCAAAGAUGAGAAGCCAUCUAAGGUUGAAAAUGACAAAGAUGAAGUUAAGAAUGAUACUGUUUCUAAAGAUGAUUCUAUUGUUAAACCUAGUAUAAUUGCUAAAGAAGAUAAAGAUGGUGUUGAAGAAGUGAAAAGUAAGAGUGGUGAAGAUAAAGAUCAGGGCAAGGAUAAGAAUGAUAACGACAAGGACAACGAGGAAGAAGAUAAGUGUGACAAUGUGAAUCAAGACGAGGAUAAUAAACUCAAAAAUAAAGUUGAGAAUAAUAACGAUGAAGAUAUCGAUAAGGACAUUGUUAUUGUAGACAAGGAAAAAGAUGACAAAGAGGGAGACAAAGAAAAAGAAAAAGACGUUGAAGAUGAUAAAGAUGACAAAGACGAUAAUAAGGUUGUUAAUGCAGAUGACGACGACAAAGAAGUUGACAAUGAAGAAGACGACACUGAUAAUGAUAACGAUAAUAACACUUUAAAAACACCAUUUGAUUUUGAAGCUAGUCCUUCUCCAAGUCCAAGUAUUAGUUCACAAUCAUCUCAAUCUCAAAAAUCUUCACCACUGAAAAAGAAUAAAAAGAAAGGUAAAAAGAAGAAUAAAACCACAUUUUAG